AUGCCACAUAGAGCCAGAAUUCAGUUUGAUCUGUCACAGGUUCGAAACCGGACGAGUCAGCGGACAAAUGAGGCUAGUUUAGUUGUGGGUCGACGACGUACUGGCAAUGAGUUGGUAUCGACUGUGGAGACUAACUUUGGUAAAGCAGAUCAGAUAUCGACCCAAAGUUCUCGUAAGAUAUCACUGCAUAGUGCGGAGUCCAAUUUGACUUUAAGGGGCACUCCAAUUCCAAUUGGCUCCAAUGGAGAUACGGCUUUUGCUCAACAGGCGAGCAGCCAUAUUGAUAAGCCCGAGGCUACCUCAUUGACCGUGAAGUUUCAUGAGGCACGCACUUGUACUGAUAAUGUGAUCAUAGAUCCAUUAUGUGUCUCAGGUGCCAGAGAGGGAAGUAUUGGAGAGAUGAGGUGCGUAGAAGGUACCAGCAAAAGACUUUAUUUCGUGUUCAAAAAGCCACAACUUCAUGCAAUGACUCUGUCUACAUCCAACACUAUAACUACAACCAACGCAGGAGCAAUACCGAGCGUAUCUGGUACUGCGUCAAUAAAGCUUGGGCCUAUUCAGGAACUUAUGAAUUUGAAGCCUAGAACUCCCGUUCUGGUUGAGGUGAAGCCCCAAGAAGAUGUGGAGGCUGACGUUGUGGAAAUAUACAUCAAGGAUUUGCAUCUCUCACGUGGUGAUAUGUGGAAUUUAUCUGGCAUGCUACUCAAAGAGUGCUUAUAUAGAACCCAGAAACUCAGCUUUCUACAAGGAUCUAUCAGGGGAGACGUUCAUCGAAUAUACAGGAGGGGAAAGAAGGUAUUCUCUGCAUUCAUAGGUAAAAAGACUAAGAUUGUUUUUCGAUCUGAAUCGGCAAGGUUGGUGGUAUUUAUUCAGAUCUCAUUGGAGAUGUGGCAUUUUGAGGAAAGUGGCCAACAAAUGUUUUAUAAAUUGGUGAACGCCUUGUUUCCAAGGGUGUUCAAGAGAUGGAAAGAGCUCGGUACUCAUCAUUUGAUUACCAUUGUUCUUUUCACUAGUGUAGAUUUGGACGAAGAAAGACAUCUGAAGUAUCAGGCCGGAGAAAGGCCUCCCAAUAAGCAGGACUAUUAUAGGGUCGUCGUUGAUCAAGUGUCUAUCCUUCUGUGGAAUGAAAUCAUGGCGACUCUUAGAUUGGAGUUUUCGAAUUUUAAGAGGGAUAUUCUUCUUGGUGAAAACUGUCACCGGACAACCAAAAACCCUCAAAAGGACACCAUAACUGGUCAAUUCCUUCCGGCUGUUAAAGGUAACCUCUUAGAAGCUAUUAAUCUUGGUAUGAGUCUUGUUUCUGACGAUUUCAGAGACCCAGACCUUCAUCAGACUACCAAUCAUUUCAUUAUUGUGACCCCUGGUACCGGACUGUUUGACGUUGACUAUGACAUGUUGGUUCAAACAGGAAAGUUACUUGCCACUGUCGAUUCAACUAUAGACGUGAUUUGUCUAUCUCAACCUCCACUACAUAUAGUUCCGUUGUUUCGCUACCUUGAUAGUCAGAAUAAGCCUCAUCACUGCAUACCUAAUUUCAUGGAUAUUUCUUUUUGGAGUGAUUCAGAUUCUGCACGCGCUGUUCAUCAAUGGCUUCCUAGAUGUAAGAUCUAUGAAUUGCAGAUGAUGGGAGUCAUGGAGAACGAACUCACCUCGAUCAACAUAAAUGAACUGAAUUUAGGAAACUUUACGUCUUCCAUAGAUGCUAUGGAUGAUUAUGAUAAUGCUACAUUUCGUACCCCAUUGGAUCAGAGACGAAGGGCCAAGAUUGAAAACAGAAAGAAGAAAAAGCUUCGGUAUAUGAAAUCGGCGUCGUUCAUCACGUCUUCGGAAAGUUCUGGUGCACCACACUUGAUACCCAGACGCGCCAUCUCCGAUAAGUCACAAUUUGAUAUGCAGGAGAGCAAAGGCUUUCAGCCAUCAGAAUUAGUGACCGUUAAGGCAUCUACACCAACAACUUCCAAUGCCAUUGGCGUGACCACCACUUCCAAAUCCAACGUUUCUGCAUUUUCAUCGCUUCUCUCGAUUUCGAAGACAGCUACUAGGCAAAUGAACGUGCCUAAAGCGCUAGACUUUGUUAAGAGAAUAAUGUCUUCUCCACUACAGGGUCCCACGUCUCCAAGAAUUGCCCCUAAUAGUUCCAGAAAUGGCACCAGUUCUCAAAUACUGGAUGAUAUAAAGUCUUUGUCAUUAUCUAGAGAUCCAAGUCACAAUGAUAACAUACACGGCGCUGAUGUUCGUGAGGCUUAUAAGGAGUCAUCGAGCUUGCCCGCUCCACCUGAAAUCUCUUCUAAGACUGCCAGUAUAUCGCCAGCCUCGAUUAGAAGAAACCAGACAAGUACUAGUGCACCUAGUGUCACCAUGUCAGCCAACACUAAGAAAUCAAACGAUGGUAAGGGUAAUCCAUGGAACUCGUAUUGGACAGCAGUUGAAAAUCCAUCGAAAGUUAUGGCGUCAGAACUUUUAGGACUGGUGUCUUAUGGUAGAUGGCAGUUUGUAUUCCCUCGCAAUGUAAGGAGGAGAAUUAUCAAAUGGACUUCUCUUGCAUCUCCAGCAGCCUUACCUAUCAUGACCCCGUUUUUCCCUUCUGUAGAAGACUUCAACCAGAACUUCACUUUCCGUAUAUAUGACGUUUUACUCAAUCAAAACGGUAUCAAUGAAAACAGGUCUAGUGAUACCCUUAUGAGGUCCAUGAUUUCACUACGAUUAUCACUUGGAUUCCAGAUUUGCGUUGGUGAGGAGGUGAAGAAGGUGGAAGACCAAAGGAAGCCCAACGGCAACUCAGAGCAACUUAUCGAAUAUCUUGAUAAGGAGCAUUACCAAGGUUCUAGAAUAUAUCUCAGCUUAUCCGAUGAAAUUCAUCGUGUGAGUUGCGAUUAUAAUGGACUUGUCAACGUUCAAGUGUAUAUGAGAACAGCCGGAGCAGAUGGAGUAGAGAUGAAUGCACCUAUCCACGAUUAUGUGGAGAACAUUCGUACGAGGUACAGCCUGAAUUACAGUCCCGUGACAAUUCACCCUUCACAAGGGGAGCCUAGAAAUUACAAUUGGAACCAGCUUGAUCAAAUUUUGGCAGGAUACGACGACUCGAUUGAUUCACAUACAAAAUACCAUCGACUCAAAUUCGUCAUCUUACCGACAAAUGUUCCUGAGAACAGUUUUAAGCUUGCCUCAGAGAAGUUGAUUCCCGAAGAAAUUAGACUGGAAGGUAUAAGAUCAUUGGUCGCAAUUAUCAACAAGAACAGAUACCGUUCGGCAGAAGAGAAGAAGCUUCGACCAAAGAAGACUGAGAUUAUUCCGGAAAUCAAUUUUUACACCGGCAAUUUGUUCAAGUUCCUGGACGAACAGGCAUCGUUAGAGUUUACGGGCGAUAUUACUCAGAGCCAGUUAUUCUCAGCUCCAAAAUAUAGCAAGACAAUAUCGCUGAACCGUCUGGCUUCUAUACUCCAAAGUGACGAAGGCAUAGAGAUCAUAGAUCGUAAAUGGCACAUGAUAACACAUAAUUAUUGCUUUAUCGGAACAGACUUCGUAAGCUGGCUUAUAGAAAAUUUCGAGGACAUUGAUAAUCGAGACGAAGCAGUUGAUUACGGCAAUCAACUUAUGGAAAGAGGUUUGUUUAGACAUGUUAAUUCGAGACAUCAUUUCCUGGACGGUCAUUAUUUCUACGAACUCAACAAAGAGUACGUAAAGAACACUGGUGGAAAAGCAAGAUCAAAUCCAAUGGCUGCCCUUACGUUAAGACAUCUAGGUGCUCAAACAUUAUCUCCAUCAUCUUCGCACACAGAAACAGUUAAAUCGUUGGACACCACUACUAGCACAAAUAGCGAAACGAAGGAACCUAAGAAACGGAAGGUGGUCUUAUCGCGAAAAGUCUUAUAUGACUUAGAUCCUAACCAAAUAUCUUGGCAAUCAGAACUGAUUAGAGUCCAUUACGAUAUCGUUCAUAAUCCUGAGCAUUGCUUCCAUGUGAGGAUUGAAUGGCUGAACACUACUUCAAAACUUAUCGAAGAUACUAUCAGCAGUUGGGAGAAACACUGCGAAAGGUACGGAUUGGAAUUGGUGGAGAUUCCUUGGGACGAAUUAUGCACCUUGCCGUUGAGCAAUCCACUCCAUUCUACAGUUGAUAUUUCGUUGGCGUUAAAUCCAUGGAAGGAUGAAGAAUUUAGCAAGUAUCAGAGUAUUCUCAGCAAGAACAAAUACUUUUACCAUUUAUACCUUCUUGAAAAGAGUGAGUUUAUGUUGGAUAAUCGAACCGCAAAUUUCUUCAGCGAUGAUCGAUUCGACGUGAUGUACAGUUGGGGAAGACCGAGAUUCAAAUUUGCACAGUUCAUUCACACUACUGGCGCAUAUAUUGCAGAGCUCCGAGGAAACGGUAAUUUCUUCUUGGCUCCGAAUAAUGCACACAUUGCACGUGUCAACUUGAGUAUCGGUCAACUUCAGGGAGGCAAGAAAGGAACAGUUUACUUUGAUUCUCAAGGUGUCAUGCUCGAUUUCCGGUCGAUUUGCAAUGACAAGAGAAAGCUUAGACUGAUUUUUAGAGAGGCUAUCAAAAGCUAUGAACUGAGCCGUGACGUGGAAGUGACACUGUUCGGAGACGAAUGCGAAGAAACUGAAAACUAG